AUGGCAUCUCCAACUGCCGGUCACAGAGUUGUUGCAGCAAUUCAGCCAGUACUGGAGGAUUGGGUGGCGCAGCGUAAUGGCACUCUCUCCUACCGGAUGGUGCAGAUGCUGACAGGACAUGGGUGUUUCGGUCACUACCUGCACCAUACGGCCAGACGGGAGCCAACGCCUCAGUGCCAUCACUGUACGGAGGAGGACGACACGGCGCAGCACACGCUCGUUGCCUGCCCAGCCUGGGUCGCACAACGGGCAGAACUCUGUGCCGCUAUAGGACCAGACCUGACACUCCCGGACAUAAUAAGAGCACUAGUCCGGUCGAGAGAUGCCUGGCAGGCGGUCUCUACUUUCUGCGAGUCCAUCAUGACGCAGAAGAAGGCCGCUGAGAGAAAUCGGGAAGCUGAUGAAGCUGCUGACCCGAUAAGGAGAAGACGCGGAGGACGAAGACGCACUCAACAUGAGCGUCAACUCUCGCCAUAA